GGUACGGAGCGUUGGUGGGUACAAACACUAGCAACGACGGAACGCCCGUGUACCGUUUUUUGAAAUCCCCGAAUACCACUAGCCCCCGACGGCGGUGGACAAAUGUCCUCGUUGUGAUAAGUAACGCGGGUCGGUUGAAUGGUGGUGCCAGCGUAAGCCAGAAGGAUUGCAGAUCGGCGAAGGUGAAGUGCAUAACUCAACCCAGGUGUAAAAUAUCGUACUGACCACUGCACCGUCUGUGAACUCAGAUAAAUCAAAUGCGGCCCUUCCGCAGUAAUCGGGCCGAACAGCAGCCUCGCCGUGCUACUGCGACGCGUCGGGCUGCUGCGGCGAAAGAAGUAGUAGUCACACUCAGGCUAGUCAAGGGGCUAACCUCUUUUGGCAUGAAGCUGCAGCAGCUCAGUACUGGCGAAUUCGUGAUUGCUAACAUCAUCGAAAACAGUCCGGCAUCUUUAUGUCCCAAGAUGGAGAUUGGCGAUGUGGUGCUUUCUGUGAACAAUUCGGUUCUGUUAGGACAGAAACCGUCUUUCGCUCACCAAGCCAUACGUCUUUCUCCUAAGACAAUGCAUUUACGUUUAAAAAAAGAUCCAAACGUCAAAGAGAAUGUUCAUCGAAUGUUCAAGAUUCCGCGGGCUUCAACCGGAAUGGACCCUAAAACUAAAGAAUAUACUAUAAAUAUAGUAACUCCAUGUAAACCAAACGACGAAACCGGUUAUGGAUUUCAUCUCAUUAAUACCGACAUAGUCGACCACGCGAUUUGUGAAAUACUUCCCGGAUCACCGGCUGCUGCAUUUGGUCAGAUCGAGAUUGGUGAUUUUUUCAUUGAAAUCAACAAUCAGGAUGUGCGAUAUAAGGCACCUUUCCAUGUUCUCAGAUGUCUUCGUCUCGCAAAAGUGCCUAUAGAGGUACGACUUGGGCGUGUUUCAACCGUAACGUGCCACAUUCAGCAGCAUAUAGAAAAUAGUCUACGAGUAAAACGAAUGUCCCAGUCGCAAAAGGAUCUGAGCGAACCAUCAACGAGUGAUAAUGAAGAACUGAGUAACGAGGAAGCGAAAACAAGCGGAAGCCUAAAUUCAUCUCCUCAGAAAGCGUCUGCAAUUCCUUCGCGUCGAGCAAUAUCGGCCCUGGACGCCAAAGAAACCACACCUUCCUGGUUGCCACUUCAGGACAACAAAGAACGGAAGCGACCAUCAGUCAGCAGCCUUAACCAAACAGAAUCCGCAAGCCGUCUCUCCAAGGUUCCCUCUCGCAUGUUCGUCCAGGAUCCCACUCCACGGCAAAAGACCGCGGAUAACUUCGUUGGCCAACCCAUCUCUUCCUCCAAACGCGAUGCCUUGGAGUUUUUGCCCACGUCGUCUUGGAUUCCGCUCCAGGACAGCAAUAGUCGGAAUCGGGCCAAAAUCCCUCGCUCCAACCAAUCGGAGUCAAGUGCACGUCCUUCGAAAAUUGUUCCUCCUUCUAAAACGUCCUUCAGUGAGCAGCUGGGUCCACUGUCACUCGCACGUGCCACUCGCACAUGUCAGUCGGAGCCAGCUACUCGGCGAUCCAGGAUUCCACAUUCAACAACGAGCCCUCCCAGCUCCCUUAAGUCUUCGGAAAAGGUACUCUCAGGGCGUCAUCACACACCUACCCAAGUGCCCCGUCCGCUGCAGACGAAAGAAAGCGUCAACAGCGAUGGAAAUAAAAGUGAUACGAAGCAGCUUUUGAUGGCUGUGACGGCCCAGCUCAUUGAAACAGAUCUUCCAAUUCCUUCCCAGCAUCAAAAGAAUAACAAUUUGCCCGAAGGAUGUGACGAUUUGUCGUCGGCUCCGACGAGCGUGUCGAAGGAACAAUCAAGUAGCGUGAGCAGCAGCAUGUUAAUGGAUGGUGCUCAGGAUAUAGACGACGACCAAACACAACCACCGACCACUUCUUCAUCGCUCUCGCCCACCGACGUUGAAAAUGUUGCAGAAGGUGGAUACGGUGGCGCCAAACCUAAGACGGAAUCACCGCUACACGGUGCUUCGAGUGCCAACAAUAAUUUCGGCGCGUAUACCACCCCCGCUGCUCCACCGAAAGAGUACACUUCCGUGAGUAAAAGCGGCAUGAAUGAAGGAGCGCUUAUGGGUGUCAGAACGGCACAGUUGUGCGAUAUGACAGGCUUCCGGACGAGUCGUUCUGAGGAUCAUCUACAACAGUCCCAGCGCGACGGAAGUAUGGGGUCCGUGAUUGUCGUGGACUUCGACGAAGAUGUUAAUAGCUCAUUGAACACGCUGCUUGACACGCGCCCAGAUUAUCACACCGUUGCUCAUGAGCGCUAUUCAGUGUCAGCUGUGAAGUCAAUUUCUAGUUCCGUCAGUUCAUCACAACAGCAUUCGGUCAGCGAAAGCCCUGCGUCACCCACCUCCGUUUCCUCCUCAAUUAUGGGCUCUUCUGGUGGGUCGCACGAUGUUUCACACCAUCACGAACAACAACAGAAAGCCCACGAUCUUCGCACUGAUUCGGCCAAAGGGAGCUACGUGGACGCGAGCAGCCUGUCGUGCGCCGUGCCAAUAGCAGCUAACGAUGAUGUGGCAGUCGGUGGGGGGGGCCCUUCCAGGUCAUUCACACAACAUUCCGUCAUUCGCCCCGGGGAGUUCAGUAUGUCGGAAGCUAUUUCGAACCUAUCCAGUCCGGAUUAUCAAGAAAACGCGCUGCUAAGCGCCAAAGACGAUCUCGAGAUCGGCAUUUCGGAUAUCAGCGACUCGGACUCGACUAUCCUCGCCUCAGACAAUCGGGGUGAAACAGCAGCUGCCCCGCCUGAUCGCGCAUUUUUGGGAUGUCCCAGCGUAUCAAUGGCUAGUCGGCUGAUAAUCAAUACAGCCGCAGAUCAUUCCUUCGGUGUUCUGAGUAACGCGGACGCAUAUGACAAACGUAAGGAAGAUCCUUCUAAUUUGUUGGACCAGGAAAUAAUACAUAAGACAGUAGCCGACAUCACAGGCAGUAACAACUCGUCGACAGAAAACGGGGACGAGGCAGCCGGUAGAAGCGAAACGACGGGUAGAAGCGAGGUGAACAUUCGUCUUAGUCACGAAGCCUCCCCGCCCGUUUCGGACGAUGGUAGUGAUACUGACUCGCUGAACUCGUUCCAAUAUUCCCCAAAAGCGGUGGACAUUCCAUCAGCUGAACGUCUUGCCAAACGACUCUUCCAUUUGGAUGGUUUCAAGAAAAGCGAUGUAUCCCCGCACCUGUACAAAAUUAAUGAUUUCAACGAGGUAGUCGCUAGGGAGUAUUUGAAUUAUUUUGAUUUCAGAGGCCAACCGUUAGACGUCGCUUUACGCGUCUUUCUCGAACGGUUCUCUCUAUCCGGCGAAACGCAGGAGCGUGAACGAGUACUGCAACAUUUCGCCAAUCGUUAUCAAUCUUGCAAUCCGCAAGAAUUUGCCAACUUAGAUGAUAUACACAUUCUUACAUGUUCCAUGAUGAUUUUGAACAUGGAUCUACAUGGAAAUAAAACAAGGCGUCCCAUGACUGCUGGCCAGUUUGUUCAGAAUCUAUCAUUUCUAAAGGAACAGAUAGGAGAAGAGAAACUACGCAAAUACUAUAACAACAUAAAAAGCCAACCGCUCGAGUGGGCUGUAGACGACGAGUCUGAACUAACCGGUAGCACUGAUAGUGCUGGCAAUACACAUACCGGUGGUGGUGCUGAAUCUAACACCAGCGGAGGAAGCCUUCAAGGGCCACCGGUUGGGCCAAAUCCGUUCCUGGAGAUACCGAUGACGUCAGACGUAGUGUAUAAGAAGGGAUACGUAUCUCGGAAGUGGUGUUACGAUGAGAACAGGAAGAAGAUUCCUUUUGGGCGCCGCUCUUGGAAGAUGGUAUACCUGACCCUUAGUAAACUAAUCCUCUACCUGCACAAGAACGAGCAGAGUUUCGAAAUCAGCCCAGUACCGACUCCGGUAACCGUACAGUUCCGUAAUUGUAUCCGCAUACAUCACGCACUAGCAACGUGCGCUAGUGAUUAUACGAAGAAACAGCACGUGUUUCGCCUGCAGACUGCUGACCAGGCCGAGUUUCUGGUGCAGACAGGCGACUCGAAGGAGCUGCAGUCUUGGGUGGAUAACAUCAACUAUGUUAGUGCUGCCUAUUCGUCGCCGCCGAUGGAAGGUGGCGUUGGAAGCCAGCAGCACUUCCAGAGAACAAGGUUACCUCAAAAAGAAACUCCACUGCCGUUGGCGCAGCAACUAGCGUCACACGAACGUCAGGUUUGCAAGCUGGAACUGGAACUUGGUGAACACCGGGCUAGCACUGUACCCCCUCGAGGUAUGGCGAACCAAAACUACCGCGAAAAAGAGCAGUACUUAGAGUACGAGCUGAAACGGUACAAAACUUAUUGUAACAUAUUAAGCUCUCGGCACAGCCUGACUUUGGUUGAUGGUUCCAAUAAGUCUGAUGAUAGGACAGCCGUUGUCACACCUGAUAAUAACGUACCGGCAGGCGAGCAGAUCAAUGAUCAGCUGCUGGAAUCCACGAAACCUGUCAAUGUUAGUGAAUCACCGCGAGGCGGUAUCAACAAGGCAGCCGAUGCCGACAAUAACCGGCUCACUUAGUCAGAGCCGACUAAAAUAUGAAUCAACUGUUCACAUCGAAGCUGUUGUGAUGAUAGAACCGGGGGUGACGCUGUGACACUCCGCGUAUAAUACAACCGAAUUAACACUGGAACCAUGCGAUUAGCGUAAAGUAGCAUGGGAAGACGAGCGCGAUUUGAUAUCACUUCCCCGUCGAGCACAGUAUUCUUUGUUAUAAUUUGCUCAAAAGCGCGUGCUCUCCUGAAGAAGCGAUCAGAUAAUCUAACAUUUAAAAAUAAUUACAGCACGGAGCACGCUGAAGUAGAAUACGAAAUAGAUGCAAAUACUGCAUUUAAUUUGUUCUUAGUAGCCUAAUGGCAGUAUUUAUGAUCACUAACCAUUUCCUUUCACAUGUAGAGGACCGGCCAUUUGGUGAUAGUUGGGAGAGGAGGUUGACGCUGGUUAGCUAGAUAGAGCAGCAGCCCAGUACCAUGCUUGGCUAAGUAUGACUGCAUGUUAAGAGAGUGCGAGAAGAUAAGAAACCAUAGCUCGCGUGUUCCGUAAGACUGCGCACUUGGCGACGGUAGGUGCGCUCUGGCGCUAUAUUAUUUCAGUAAAGAAAUAGAAUAUACGGUGGUCGAGGCUGGGCAACCAUUAUUUAUAUUACUUCGACGCGACUGUCCACGACACAUUCGUUGUUCCUAAAUUAAUUGACAGACGCAACAUACCUGGUGGAAUACGCGGUAGAGUAGAAUGCCUAUAUAAAUCAUUGUUAAUAAAAUAAAACUCUUCAUGCUUCUAUUUUACUAAAACUGACCAUUUUAUGGAUUCGUGUGCAAUCCCGACCUAUUUAGUGUUCAUGUCAUAUUAUUAUCAAUGACUUCGGGCGGAGAAUUUUUGUCUGUCUGUUAGUGAAGUCAUGAGUGUUGCAGCAAGUGUCUGAAUUUGUCAUUUCCGGUUUGAAGGUUCCAUUCGACGCAGACAUCCGCACCAUAUACGAAUAUUACAAAUAUCGACGGCAUGUCACUUUGAAUGCUCACAUUCCUAUUGAUCGGAUACUGCAUUCUUAACUGUGUAAAGCUUCAUUUGUGGAUCAUUCUUCUCAAGGAUGAGAAAUCAGAAAUCUACGUCGAACACAGUCGUUAUGUUGAUGAUUUUAUGAUCAAGUAUGAAGAUUCGCUGGUAAUAUUUGCCUUUAUACUAGAUCAUGAUUCGAUGAUCAUUAGAGAGAGCAUGUAGAUCUCUACUGAAUGAAAUCGAUAAAGCUUCAAACGACUACUACUACGAGACGAAAAAUCGUUAUCGGAAUAUUCUUCAGGAGGUCAGGACCGCUCGUCGGUUAAGUAAGUAAAUUCGUUAAUUUUAUACCAACGAGAUGAACAGUGAAUAUAGUAAUAAUAAUUGGACAGCUUUAGCAAUGAAUUUAUGUUUAGACAAGCAUGGUAGUCAAGCUUAUUGUUCGUCCACCAGAUAUUUAAAAUACCAGCUCUUCUGAUGCGUAAACCAACCCAACCAAGACUGGCCAUUCGUGCUACUGCUGAGAAAGAUAUUACAUAAACGUAUGGCCUAUUUAAACCAAAAUGAUUCUGAUUAAUUAAGAGAUUUUCUAAAGUAGCCUUUACGGACGAGGUUCGAGUACAGGAGCCGCAAUGCAUGCACCAUGUAAGGUGGAAGACAGUAAUUAGAAAUAUGUUCCUUCGAGUUAUUUCUCAUGGCGCAUAAGGGUCUGAUGGUUGAGAUUCAACCAUAUCACAAUUAACAACAUCACUAUCUCCAUCGCAACAGCACUAAGUUCCUAGUGGUCAACGUUUCUGUUGGCAGAAGCAAUCCUGUUUUAAUAAUUCCACCAUCUCCGCAAUUUCCUUUUACUAAUUUCUUUUAUAAGGCGUCUUGAGCAUAGAAUUACCGUAAAACUGUUUAUUCAGAAUUAUGGAUCCAGAAAGAAUAAAACACACGAUUCAUAAGAUCCAAGCAAAUGAGUCAACUUGCCUCAUGCCAAAUAUAACACCAGAACACCCGGGCGGUUCAAAUCACACGCGGUAAUGCUAUUGACCAACACGAGUAGGCUGUGAAUGUUAAUAUCUUCAAAAAGAAAUAUGGUUAUUACCAAAAUAGUCCUUUUAUGAAUUGCUCCCUUUCGCCUGAGCAUUUUUUUCGUUCUGUUAAUUCAAUCAUUCCUUUUAUUGCCGCUAUCUCAAUGCGCUCUCUUUACCGACCGGUUUGUUCAUACUAAUGAAAUGACGAUAUUCACAAACGUCAGAUUGUAUUUCAAUCCUAAUUGACUUGUUGAAUAUUUUUAAUUAUAUAAUAGGCAGAUGCUUUAGCAUACAGCACAUCCAAAAUGAGUGGUACAACCGAAUGAGAAAUACAACAGUUUUGUACGCA